AAAAGGCAAAACAAAUUGCAAACACUUUAAAUAUUCAAAAUUUUGCUGCUUCUAAUAGGUGGUUGCAAGGCUUUAAAAAACAAUAUUAUAUAGUUUAUACUAUAAAUCAUGGUGAGGCUGUUAGUACACUAGUUAAAAAAUUGCCAGAAUUUUAUUUAUCUUUACAAAAUGAUAUAGUAAAUUAUAAUCUUGUAGAUGUUUAUAACUGUGCUAAAACAGCACUUUAUUGGCUCUUAGAAUCUUCAAAAUCACUUACUCAUAAUCGUAUUGCAGGUGUUAAAAAGCCAAAAAAUCAGUCUACUCUCAAGUAUUCUUAA